CUUGGGCGUAGAGGGUUUUCCAGAUCACUGCGACGUACAUGCCUCUUUUAGUUUCUGUAACGCUAAAUAUAACGCUACACAUAUCUCUAGGUAUGUACAUAUAUCAUGGUUCCGAUUACAUAUAAUACAUCGGUACCGAAUAUCUCCUCCUGCACCCCGCGGGACCCCCCUAGCGGUCCCGACCGAAUUUCCUCAUCAGGUACUCAUACAAACAUGUCCCGCGUCCACCAAGCUUUCCAAGCUGCUAUCCUCAUCGCCUUAGGUUUCUUCUCAAGUUCUUAAUCUCAAUCAGAAUUGCUAAACCCGUCAUGGCAAUUCUCAUUCUAGAACCCGACGUCGAUGGCCGUGCCCGGGUCUCGAUUGAACACAGUGGCGCGCGGCACGCUGAGGUCGGCCGGCUGCUUGGGUCUGUUGGCCACGAUAUCGACAUGCCGCUACUCGAAAACGCCAGGCCGGAAGAAGAUCCUCUCCCCUGCCGCGAGCCGGUUGAAGAAACCACCGCUGUUAGCCGUCAUUUCUCGGCCCAGAUCCACGCCCUAUACCGACAGUUGGCCGACUACCAGGCGAGAAGCGCAGCCGAGCUAGCCGAACUAAAGCUAGCACCUAUAGAUACGGAAAACGGCAUUGUAGUCAAAAUGACGGUUGGGUGCCAGUCCUUUACUAGCUACCCGCAUUGCCAGCACCUCAUCUACCACGCGCGCCGCCUGACACUCCAUGACUUGAACCCAGAGACGCUCCCUACGCUGCCGUUUGUGCGUAAGCUUCGCAUUGCGCAGGGCUCUGGGCCCCGGCGAGAGUUCCAUUUCAGCCGUGUCCGGCCUGUCUCUUUACGCGUACCUCUCGAAUGCCUCGUCCAUCUGCCCUCCGUAGCGGAGAUUGACUGCCCGUGGCUGUGGGAGUGGCUCCCGGUCCCCGCGGCCGGCCGGCCCAUGCGCCACUUUACACGGGUCUGGGAAGGGCCCUGGCGAGAUGCGCGUCACGAGUUUGGCGCUGCUAUGGAGAAGCAGGAGGAGCUGCUGGGUCUGCGAAUCCCUACCUCCUUGACCAAGGCCAGGCUGUGGUUUUGGCAACCGAGACUUGCUUUGGAAAACAACCAGGCGCUGGCGAUGGCAGACCUCGUAGCGCCAGCCGAGCGGGACCCCCUGUCGGUAGGAGUGUGUAUACUAGCGGCCCAGCUACAGGAGCUCAACCUUAGAGCCUUUAUCACCGAGCAUCUAUUCCCUGCCCCCGAGGCGCCGCAAUGGUCACGUAUGCGACGGCUUACCAUCGAGUUCCACCCACUACGACCAGACGGUAGCUGGUAUUUCGUUGGCCCACGAGGGGAGGACCCUUACCCAGAGGGCUUUGCUAUCUCCGAAGACCACUACCCUCCCCUACAGACUACGGCUGAGGACGAGGAUGUGGACGAACAGUGGGACGAGGAUCCCCAGGGCGGCGAAGAGGUCGAGUUUUUCCCGGAUGUAUUCCGUACCGAGCCGGUCAACGAGCGGAUUGGACCUCUACUAUCGGGCUUUGCUACGGCGGUAAAGAAUAUGGGCGCCCUUGAGGAUGCUGAGCUGUUUGCAUCCCUAGCGUGGCAUCCUUCUGAAACUCGCGCAAACGAGUAUGGAGAUGAUAUGGUGCCGAAUAACCGUGGAAACGGUGUAUAUAGGUGGGGUGUAGGAUAUGUCGCUAGCAAUAGCGGUGGGAACGGUAGGGAGCGGCACGCGCUGGUCCAGUGGCAGGUUGGUGAUUGGAGGCCAAGUCAGGGUGUGCUAGACCUGUUCGAAAGUCUAGGGCAACAGGAGUGGUUGGAUUUUGAGUCAUGCUCACGAACAAACUAACGAGGGGGGAACUGUAUGUACUUCGUACAAUCCAUUUCCCUCUUUGGGAAAAGGCACCUGAAAUACCUAACUAAUGCGGAAAUCCAUUUCCCUCUUUGGGACAAGGGCCUUGAAAUAAUGGGGUAUCGUACACGUAAAUACAUGGGCAAUCAAUAU